AUGUCCGGCACCGUGUGCUCCAUGUGCGGCGACGUCGGCUUCCAGGACAAGCUCUUCCGCUGCGCCCGUUGCCGCUGCCGCUUCCAACACUCCUAUUGCACGAACUACUACGGCGACGCGGCCCCGGCUGACGCGGGCGCCGGCGUGUGCGACUGGUGCCUCAGCGACGACCCCCUCGUGAAGAACAGGCGCCCUUCGGCGCCGCCGGCCAUGCAGCACCGCGGUCCGCCGACCGGGAUGGGCUGCGGCAAGGUCAAGGUGACCGGCGGCGGCGAGCAGGAGGGCGGCCGGAGAGUGGCCAAGGCGGCCGUCCGCAGGUACAAGCUCCUCAAAGACGUCCUGUGCUAG